AUGGAACUCUUAGGAAUCAGCCUGGGUGUACAAAAGAGUCACUUUAAAGAGUUUUUCGAAGACAAUGAUUCCAUAAUGAGACUCAACUACUAUCCCCCGUGCCUGAAACCAGAGCUCACCUUAGGAACAGGGCCGCACUAUGAUCCAACAUCAUUAACCGUUCUCCAUCAGGAUUGUGUUAGUGGAUUUCAGGUUUUUGUGGACAAUGAAUGGUACUCCAUCAGUCCAAAUUUCAAUGCAUUUGUGGUUAACAUAGGCGACACAUUUAUGGCACUAUCGAAUGGUAUAUACAAAAGUUGCUUGCAUAGAGCAGUUGUUAACAACACAACUCCUAGGAAAUCACUAGCUUUCUUUCUUUGUCCACACAAAGAUAAGGUGGUGACUCCACCAACUGAAUUGGUGGACUACAACAACCCUCGACUAUAUCCUGACUUCACAUGGCCUGCUCUCCUUGAGUUUACUCAAAAGCAUUAUAGAGCUGAUAAAAACACUCUUCAAGCUUUCUCAAUGUGGCUUCAAGAAAAUAAUGCAGAAGCUAAAUAUGAGUAA